GAUGUUUCGAUGCAGAGUGUCAGUAACAUUGAACCCAGCUGUUUCCAAACACUCUCUCUCUCUGCGUUUCCAGGCUUCGCGGAUGGCAUGGAGCUAACACAAAGGUUUACCUUCAACCCCAAGGUGGGUAUUGACAACCCAGCCCUGGUAACUACGGAUGAUGCAGAGAUGGGCUGCCGUCCUGUCCCCCGGCUCUGUCGACUGUGCCGCUCGGAGGGCGAGAGUUUCGGGUUCUACCUGCGCAUGGAGCUGGGCUGCGCGGGCCACGUGAUAAGGCAGGUGGAGCCGUGGAGCGUGGCAGAGCGCAGCGGACUGAGGGAUGGGGACCGGCUGCUGGAGAUCAACGGGGACUUUGUGGAUCACAUGGAGCACAACAAGAUCGUGCAGAAGAUCCAUGCAAGCGGGUUGCAGGUGUCAUUCCUGGUCCUGGAGGGCAGUGAUUUCGAGCGGGCGCGGGGGCAGGGGGUGGACCUGCGGACACUGGCUCGGGAGCACGGUGGGGGGGAGCAGGGCGCCCGGCCCCGGCUCUUCCACGUCACGCGAGACCACCAAGACGGGCUGGGUUUCACGAUCGCCGCAGCCGAGGGCUCGAAGGGCAGGUUCUCCCUGGUUGUGACAAGCGGGGGCCCGGCGGAGAAGGUAGGGGUGCGGACGGGAGACAGGCUGAUCUGGAUCAAUGGGAACCACGUGGCAGACCUGACCCACUGUGCUGUCAACAAGAUGCUGAAGAAGUGUGGGGACGGCGUCACGCUCUUGGUGCUUGACAGCGAGAGCGAGGAGCGUUACAGGAAGCGUGGGAUUGUGGUCGUGCCGGCCAUGGCAAGGGAACACAACCUGCCCCACCGGCCCCGCAAGCUGUACCUGGUGAAGGGGCCCGCGGGGUACGGCUUCCUGCUGGGCCAGGAGAGGCUGCCAUCGGGGAGGAUAGCUCACUUCUUGCGCGAGGUGGACCCGGACAGUCCCGCGGAGAGGGCAGGGAUGCAGGACGGAGACCGUCUCCUGGCGGUGAACGGGGACCCCGUGGAGGGGCUGGAGCACGAGGACAUCGUGACCCGGGUUCGAAAGAGCGGCCAACAGGUCACGCUCACCGCCAUCGACAGCCGGGGCAGCGAGUUCUAUUCGCAGCUGGGCCUGACUCCGCUGCUCUUCUUUGAGGACAGUGAACCCAACACACCCCUGCAGGCGGAGACCCCAGCUCUCACAACGCCCCCUGUGGAGACCCUCCAGGAACCGCAGGCUCCCCUGGCCAAGCCACGGCUGUGUCACCUGGAGAAGGGCAACGCCGGCUUUGGGUUCAACCUGCGCUCAAUCCUGGAUGAACCCGGCACUUUCAUAGGACAGGUGGCGCAGGGCAGCCCAGCGGAGAAGGCAGAGCUCCGAGAGGGGGAUGUGGUGCUGGAGGUGAAUGGGGUGAACGUGGAGUCGGAGUAUAUCGAAGACGUGGUGGGGAAAGUGAAGGAGGGAGGGAGUCGGCUCACUGUGCUGGUGCUGGGCCCCGUCGAGUACCGGCAGUACAAACAAAGUGGAACCCCGAUCACUGCGACCCUCGCUGUCAGCAAACAGGUUGAAAAACCCGAAGCCUCCAGCAAGUCAUUCCUGUGACAAUCCAUCAUUAACGAGGCAGGAAUCAACCAGGGACCGGUUUCACCACUUUGUAAAACAACGUGGUGCCUUGACGCCAACCAGAAACGCUGCAGACCCAAACUGCAACCCAAGCCCUGCAAUAGAAGAAAGAAGCGGAUCAUGUUCGCCUGGACCCCCGACGUGAACGUUUCUCCACUGAUUAUUAAUCAAACCUUCAUCGUCUGUCACUCCUGCCCCUGGGUAGCAGCUCUAUAAAGCAGGACCUUUGCAACUCUGCUGAGCCUAAUGCUGCCCGCACAAUACAACACUGCCUUUCUUACUGGUCUCAUCUCACCCCUUGUACGCAGGGUUCGAACCCAUGCUGUCAUACAGUAUUUCACAGAUUGUAGCUGCAAUGUGUUUAUGUUCCAGCAGGUGGCUAGGGCUAAUGCAGGAUGCAUGCAUAAUUAGUGUACUGUCCUGCAAAUGGCUGGGACCAAUGUUGAAAAAGACUGUCUAGCAAAAUGACUAGAACUAAAGAAUGAUUUUGUAUUUGUUUAUUUCAAUGAGUAACAUAUAUUGUAUGUAGAGCAGCUGUACAGCAAUCGCAUUAUUUGCACGAGUAAUGAGACCGCUUCUAAGCGUUUGCUGUAAAACACACCUAAUGGGUCCCGUGCUGAGCCCAGCUGUGAGUUCAUAAAUGUUCUGCAGAAAACAAUCAGUCACCGUCAACUUUUACUCUGUCGCCCUGUCCUGAAUCUGAGUGGUACUGCACCCUCUUCGUCUUCCUGUGAAGCUGGCAAAAAGGGUCUUGUGUUAAGCGCAUUGAUUUCAGAUGAGAUUCAUCACCCACGUUUAAACAAUGCACUGCCAAUAAUAUCUUCUGCAGUAAUAUAAAUGUGCAAUAUUUUUGUUUGUUUUGUGAUUGUGUCUUGCAUGAUUUGAAAUGUAAAUGUUACCCAGGCUGUAUGUAAACUGUAUGACAUCGCUCCUCCGUGUAGCCUGAAGAAUGCAUAACAUUAUUAUUAUUAUUCAAGAUUGUAUUGUGCCGUUGUUAUUUAAUCUUGAAAAAGACCUUUAAAUAAAUACAAUUACUUAAUUUAAAAACCUGAUCACCAUUGUACGUGUGACAGGACCUCAU